CAGAGUGAAAGAAGCGCAAUGACUGCGCAUCCGUGAUGCUCGUGAACACACCUUUUUCCUCAUACAGGCGGAAGUUUACAGUUGGAUUCCCCGACCCUCCUCCAUGUCAAAUAAUUGAAGAAAACCUAUCCCAGACUGUGGCACCAUGUCUGAUCCGGAAUCCCCGGAUGCUAGUGAUCCGGCCCAGAGAAGCUCCCUGCGAGGUACAGAGAUGACGUCAGGGAAGCUGGAAGACUGCAGUCAAACACUGGAACUCAGUGUGGCUGUCAAAGAUGAUGACGGUAAUGACGAGGAGGAGGCUGAUGAAGAGGAAGAGGAUAGCGAUGAUGUAGACUCUGGGCGGAAAGUUGUGAAAGUGGACAUGGAUGAGGAGGAAGGAGAAGCAGUGAAGUCAGGGCUUUCUAUUGUUAAAGAGAUGCAGAGGAGGAGGGAGGUGGCGGAGAUGAGACCAACUCCGGAGGGGGCGCCAACUCGGACACAGACAGUUCAGACGGGGAGAAUGAACAGAGUUCGAACGCUCAGAGUGCAGUGGAGAAGCCACACCCUUGCUCCCAGUGUGGCAAGACCUUCAUCACCGUGGGGAGCCUGAAGAGGCACACACAGACUCACAGCGGAGAGAAACCCCACCGGUGCUCCGUCUGCGGGAAAUGUUUCUCACGCUCAGAUGACAUGAAGAGACACCUCACCAUCCACACAGGAGAGAGGGUGAGCCACGUCUGUCAUCAGUGUGGGAAGACUUUCACCAGUCUGGGAGGGCUGAAGAAACACCAGAUGACCCACACAGGAGAGAAGCCGUUCCAGUGUUCUGAGUGUGGGAAAGGUUUCACUGCGCAGGGUAACCUCAAGAUCCACCAGCUCAUCCACACAGGUCUGUUAUAUAAUACAUGUGCCGUUUUACCUCUCAGGUUUAUAUCUCUCAGAAAGACACUCAACGUUUUGUACCGGCUUUUAAAUUAAAAUGUAUUUAUGUUCAUCUUGU